CAUCCAACCACCGGGGCACAAAAACAACAAACGAAUGAAGAUUCUUUCAGUUAGCGGCCACAACAAGCGCGAUAUAGUCGUGUAUAAAACAACAAACAUGUCCCGUCACCUUUGUUCAAUCUCCGCAAUCCUAUUAUUUUUCGCCACCGUGUCCAGAGGGCAAAGGAUCACAACAAUACAAUUAGAUGGAGUCCAAUAUUUUGUUAGUCGAAUGAAUCCAUAUUCACCAGAACUGAAUUUCUUCUUAGCUUAUCAGUAUUGUAGGUCGUUAGGAUUACAAUUGGUUUCGUUUGAAACCAAAGAAAAAGCAGAUUCUAUAACGCAGUACUUAAGUAAUGCAGGUUUCAAUAAAUACGACUUCUGGACGUCUGGAAACAGACUGGGCACAAACAUGUUCCUCUGGAUGAGCACUGGCUUACCAUUCAAUGCUACAUUCAACUAUAUGAAACAGACUGAAAUCGAAGAUCCCGAGAGUCCUGUAGCUCCUAAUGUUCCUGGUAGCACUAGUCCUCAAAGAACUGCUAGAGAAAGCGACGAGAGUGGAGCAUCCAGCGCAUGCGUCACCCUAAAGGCCCCAAGUUUCGAAUGGAAAAUCGAUAACUGCAUGAGCAUCAAAGACUUCAUCUGCGAGCAAACCCGCUGUUACUACUACAAUUAUGGCUCUAUUCCUGUGUCGUCAGCGCAGGGGAAAUAUAAGACAACAACUGCUGCACCAACAUCGUCGUCCACUGAAAAUAUCGAUAAUAAUAAUAUUAGUAAUUUACUUAGUAAAAUCCUUUCUUCCCCAAUGCAAUCGCUGACUGAACCUGACCGCGAUUUGUCAGAUAGGCAUCCUGUAUUUUUGCACAACAAGGACAUCGAUCUCGAGCAAUCAACAAAUGGUCCAUACGACAAUUUCAACAUUCACGCCGAAAUGCAGGACGAUCCCUCAUCUGGUACUGAAGAACAAGGAGGAUAUAUUUCCACAAUUGAACCCGAAAAGGUUACGUUGGUUAGUUCCUCAGGUUCUUCCUCAUAGGUUUUAAGUUUCUACUUUAAGUUUUGAUGAAUUUCAUCGUAAUGUGUAAUCUUUUCAAUAAAGAAUUUCGUAAUGA